AUGAGCACCGUCCUAUCGCACCCCCUCAUUGUCGACGGCUGGUUCCACGAGGUGAGCCGCCAGUGGCCCGGCCAGGCCAUGAGCCUCAAGGUGCGCCGCAUCCUGCACACCGAGCAGAGCCAGUUCCAGGACGUGCUCGUGUUUGAGAGCGAGACGUACGGCAACGUGCUGGUGCUCGACGGUGCGAUCCAGUGCACGGAGCGCGACGAGUUCUCGUACCAGGAGAUGAUUGCGCACCUCCCGAUCAACUCGCACCCGAACCCGCGCCGUGUGCUUGUGAUCGGCGGCGGCGACGGCGGUGUGCUGCGUGAGAUCGUGAAGCACGACAGCGUGGAAGAGGCCGUGCUGUGCGACAUUGACGAGGCGGUGCCGCGCGUCUCCAAGACGUACCUGCCCAAGAUGGCCGAGGGCCUCGACCACCCCAAGUCGACGGUGAUCAUCGGCGAUGGCUUUGCGUUCCUCAAGGACCCCAAGAACAAGGGCGCCUUUGACGUGAUCAUCACCGACUCGUCGGACCCCGACGGCCCCGCGGAGGUGCUCUUCCAAAAGUCGUACUUUGAGCUGCUGCGCGAGGCCCUGCGCCCCGGCGGCCACAUCUCGACGCAGGCCGAGAGCGUGUGGCUGCACCUCGGCCUCAUCCGCCAGCUCACGCAGUCGACGCGCGAGCUGUUCCCGGUCGCAGACUAUGCGUACACGCUGAUCCCCACCUACCCCUGCGGCCAGAUCGGGUUUGUCGUGUGCUCGCUGGACGCGCAGCGCAACGUGCGUGAGCCGCUGCGCACCGUGCCGAACUGCCGCUACUACAACAACGACAUCCACCGCGCCGCGUUCGUGCUGCCCGAGUUUGCGCACCGCGUCGUGGCGCGCGGCGAGCCUGCGCCGGGCCCCGUCGUGGCCACCGGCACCGGGGAGUCGGUGCAUGCGCGCGAGCCGAAGAAGGUGCUUGUGCUGGGCUCGGGCUACGUCGCUGGUCCCGCCGUCGAGUACCUGCUGCGCACGCCCGAGUACAGUGUGACGAUCGGCUCGUCGCGCAACGCGACCAAGCUGGGCGAGAAGUUCCCGCGCGCGCAGACGAUGCAGGUCGACGUGAGGGACCCGGCCUCGCUGAGCCAGGCGGUGCAGCAGCACGACCUGGUCAUCUCGCUGGUCCCGUACAUCUACCAUGUGAAUGUGAUCAAGGCCGCGUGCGAGCACAAGAAGGAUGUCGUCACGACCUCGUACGUGUCUGACGCGAUCCGCGCGCUGGAGCCGGAGAUCAAGGCGGCGGGCAUCACCGUGUUCAACGAGAUUGGUCUGGACCCGGGUCUGGACCACCUGUACGCGGUCAAGGCGAUCAAGGAGAUCCACGACGCGGGCGGCCAGGUCAAGUCGUUCCUGUCGUACUGUGGUGGCCUGCCGGCGCCUGAGGCCGCGACGAACCCCCUGGGCUACAAGUUCUCAUGGUCGUCGCGUGGUGUGCUGCUGGCGCUGCGCAACACGGCCCAGUUCAUCCAGGACAACGAGAUGAAGAGCGUGAGUGGCCUGGACCUGAUGGCGUCGGCCAAGCCGUACUACAUUAUGCCCUCGUUUGCGUUUGUCGCGUACCCUAACCGCGACUCGACGCCGUUCCGCAAGUGGUACGGCAUCCCCGAGGCGGAGGAGUGCAUUCGCGGCACGCUGCGCUACCAGGGCUUCCCCGAGUUUGUGCUCGCGCUUGUGCGCCUCGGCUUCCUCGACGAGACGGCGCAGUCGUGGCUCGCGACGCCCGGCCUUACGUGGGCGCAGCUGACGGCGCGUCUGGUCGGCACGGAGAAGACGGACGAGGCGUCCCUGGUCGCGGCCGUGCUCGCGCGCUGCGCAUUCAAGGACGACGACGAGGCGGACCGUGUGCUGCGCGGCCUGCGCUGGCUCGGCCUGUUCAGCGCGGCGCCCGUGGAAGUGGGCGGCCUGCCUGAGCAGCGCGCGAACGGCGAGGGCAACCUCCUGGACACGCUGUGCGUGAACCUGGAGGGCAAGUGUGCGUACGGCCCGAGCGAGCGCGACAUGGUCAUGCUGCAGCACAAGUUCCGCAUCCUGACCAAGGACGGCGAGACGAAGACGCUCACCUCGACGCUGCUCGACUAUGGUGCGCCGAACGGCUGGACGUCGAUGGCGAAGCUGGUGGGUCUGCCGUGCGCGGUGACGACCAAGCUGCUACUCGAGGGCCACCCGGCCAUCAAGAAGGUCGGCAUCGUCGCGCCGUACUCGUUCGACACGACCGAGCCGAUCCGCCUCGAGCUCGUCAAGGAGGGCAUUGCGCUCACCGAGGCCUACGUGUAG